AUGCAAGAACAUAAAUUCAGAUUUGAUGCAGAGCAAUUAAUGCAGUACUAUCAAAUUGCAUGCUUAGAAAACCAGGCCGCCAAUAAGGACACCAAAAUAUUCCAAAAGAUAGAAACUUUUUCUCCACAAACGAUUAGAAUUAAGGCUCAUAAAAGUUCUGACAAAAAGCAACAGAAAAGAAGGUAUAAAGUUGAACCCAGAAAAGCUGUCCUUCACUUUGAAACUAAAGACCAGCCGUUAUCUCCUCCACCGGAAUCCAUUACUGACAAGGUAAUAGUUCAAAAACCAUUUACUUUAAGCUCAUUUGAUCACCACAUUCCAAGUGCAUUCUCGAUAAUUAGAAGAGGUAAUCUGCCAGGUCUUGAACUUCCAUUGUAA